GGCAAUUUAAUAAAUAUUUUGAGCGCUAUAGAGAUAUGGUAGGUAGAAAUUCAUGUACCACUGUUGGAAACCCAGUUGUUGGCCGAACAAUAGCAGUAAACCCUGAACUCCCUGUGCAAAAACAAGAGAGGGGUGCCAGAAUGAUAGUAAUAACCACUCAUGGGGAUGUUAAUUCUAUUUUAAGAGAUUCACCAAAUUGUAUGCACUGUCAUAAUUGAAGAAAUGUAAGCUACAAAAGGACGUACUAUGAGAUUUCACCACUCCAAUGGAUUCUUUACAUAAUACUCUUCUUUUUCUUUCCAAUGUGUUGCUUUUUGCCAUGCUAUUUCACAAGCUUGUAUACAAAGAGACAAGUAUGCUCUGUAUGCAACGUAGAUGUAAGAGAAUACUAGACUGCUGGAAUCCCAGAACAGAUCACCAAAAUAACAUGAUUUAAUCUUAAAUUACCAAUAUUUUCA